ACAUAUGUAAAUAAGCGCGAAAUCGCUUCGCAAAAGGCAAGAUAAAGUUGUCAACAGUGGCAUCCGUUCGAAGACGAUAAUACAUCUGUUAUAAUCUAUUUAACAGUCCGCUAAAAGAAUUGUAAUUAAUUUUCGAUCUAACAACAGCAUAAGAGUGUGUUGUGUGGAUAUAUAUUUAUAGAAAAUGUUUUCUUACAAAUUCGGUUUAUUAAUCUUGGGUUUCAUCCUUAUCGCAAAAUCGGAGGGGGCCUAUAAUGCAACUCACGGUAAUUAUUCAAAAGUUCAUCACAAUGGUACAAGAUUUUCUGGACUUUGUACAGUAGAAGUGCCAACCAUAGAAUUAUUGAGUGAAGAAGAUAGAAAUGGAUAUGUUCCUCCUGGUAAUGGGUCUAAACCCGGUUACAGUCGAAUUUUCGAAUGUUGUAAAGGGUACCGUCCAAUACCACACACAUUCCGCCACUGCGAACCCAUCUGCGAAGACGGUUGCGUGAAUGGGAAUUGCACCGGACCAAACGUGUGCGUAUGUUGGCCAGGGUUCGUGCGUGACUUGGACGACAACUGCGUACCAACAUGUCCGAAAAGUUGUCUAAACGGAGAAUGCACUUCCAACGGAGUUUGCGUUUGCCACGAUGGGUAUGUGUUGGAACAACAUGGAAGAUUUUGCAUACCCCAUUGUCGCGGAGGGUGCGGAGUUGGAGGAAACUGCACUGCUCCAGAACAUUGCGAAUGCCAAAAAGGAUUCCAUAGAAAUGAAGUAACUGGAAAAUGUGAGUAUUACUGCGAAGGAGGCUGCGGCGGUGGUACCUGUGUGGGUCCCAACAAAUGCUCUUGUAAACAAGGUUAUGUACAGAAAAACGACCUCACAUGUUCACCUUCAUGUCCUAGGGGAUGCAAAAAUGGACUUUGUACCGCCCCCAAUGUGUGCUCGUGUAAGGAAGGGUGGAUUUUGAACAAGAACGGUAUACAGUGCGAUCCACAAUGCUCGGAACCAUGUCUUAACGGUGUCUGUGUAGCCCCAAACGCAUGCGAAUGUUUCCCUGGAUACAUCAAGGAUACAAGUUCGUUAUCGGGUAAUAAAUGUGUGGCGCACUGCCCAGAGGAAUGUGUAAAUGGGCAGUGCACUAGACCUAACUAUUGCAUCUGCAAUCUGGGAUACUUGAAAAAAUCGAAGAACAGCAACGUAUGCGUCAAAAGGGAACGUCGAUCGGUGAUUCACUGGGAACUAAUUCUGCCAGAAAAAAAAGGAAAACACAUUAUUGAUCUAAUAAUGAUUACUUACUAUUACUACUCCGUUUUUAUUUUUCAAGUUUUAUGUGUAUCAAUUAGUUUUAAAUUUGUUGUUUCCGAAGCUGGCGUCUGUACCACAGUGGAAAGUUACACAAUACCCAUACAAAUGCCCUAUAGGGAGCGUUACACUGAAAGUUAUCGAGCCCGAUGUUGGUAUGGUUCAUGUACAAAGAAGAGAACUUCUUAUCGGACAGUGUAUAAAACCGAGAUAGUCACCAAGACUAGACCAAAACAGUUUUGUUGUAACGGAUACAGAGGUACUCCAGGAGCAUGUGAACCAAUCUGCGACAACCCUUGCAUUGGUUCAACAUGCACCGCCCCCAAUACGUGCACCUGUCACUACGGCUACAAACCAAAUCCGAGCACUCCAUACGAAUGCAAACCUUCGUGUUCCAAAAACUGUACCAACGGCAUGUGCAAGGCACCGGAAACGUGCACUUGCAACGACGGAUAUGAGACGGACCCCAACGAUAAGUUCCUGUGCGUACCGCAUUGCAGCCAGAAAUGCGUAAAUGGCAUUUGUACGGAUCCAGAAGUAUGCACGUGUGAUCCGGGAUUUGGAAAAGACGAAAUCGACAAAUACAAAUGCGUCCCUGUUUGUUCAAAACCGUGCGUUAAUGGGAAAUGUGUGGCUCCAGAUUUCUGCCAAUGCAACCAAGGUUAUAAGAUGAAUUCCACAACGAACAAAUGCAAUCCCGUUUGCGAUCCUGCAUGUCCAAACAAUGGACAAUGUGUCGAUCCGAACAGAUGUGUUUGUAAGGAAGGAUAUGAAAUGAAUCCUGGUAAUACUGACUGCAUCCCGAGCUGUUCAAAACCUUGUAUUAAUUCCGCAUGCACUAAACCAGAAGAAUGCUCAUGUCAUUUGGGAUACGUUAAAAGCAAUGAAGACAAAUACGUAUGUGAACCAAUAUGCGACAUUCCAUGCAACAAUGGUAAUUGCAUCGCACCAAAUACCUGCACUUGUUUAAAUGGUUAUUCCAAAAACAACAUCAAUGCCACAGAAUGUACACCAGUUUGUACUCAAACCUGUAUCAACGGAAAAUGCACCAAUCCUGAAUCUUGUACUUGCAAUGAGGGAUAUCAACCUAAAUCUUCCAAUAAAUACCAAUGUGAUCCAAUUUGCUCAAAACCUUGUGCGAACGGUUUCUGCUCAGCGCCAAACACAUGCUCCUGCAAAGAAGGAUAUAUUCUGGACAUUCAAGAUAAAUUUAAUUGUCUUCCAGAAUGUCCUGGAGGAUGCGAGAAUGGAAAAUGCGUGGCUCCUGGGGUUUGUACUUGCUUAAAAGAUUACACCCCUCAAAAUAACACCAACACAACGAAAUGUAUCCCAAUUUGUACUACAACUUGUACAAAUUCGAAAUGUACCGCUCCUGAAUAUUGCAUGUGCCAUCAAGGAUAUCAAUCGAAUCCUCCAAAUAAAUACAAAUGUGACCCAAUUUGCUCCAAACCUUGUAGAAACGGAAUUUGUACAGCUCCUGAAAUUUGCUCAUGCAACGUAGGAUAUUCACUUGAUGAUGUGGACAAGUUUAAUUGCGAACCUGUUUGUCCUCAAGGAUGCAAAAAUGGAAAAUGUAUAAAACCGAGCGUUUGCGUUUGCAAUAAAGGCUACGACGAUAUGUCUAAUUCGACCGGAAAUUGCCAACCAAUUUGUGAAAAAGGAUGUCUAAAUGGAGUGUGUACAAUGCCAAAUGUGUGCACAUGUAUUGAGGGUUAUGUGAAAAAUAGAAUAAAUAAUUCAAUAUGUGAAAUGGAUUGUUCCAAACUUUGUCGAAAUGGAAAUAAGGAUAACAAGGUGCACUGCCCAGAAAAUUGUAGAGCAGCUGAAACUAAUUUAGAAGUACCGCCUUUACUUACUUCAAGGAAAUCGCUACUUUUGCUAACAUCAAUAGUGGCAAGUCUCUUGGUAGGAAUUACAAUUUUAAUAUUAUUUGUUAUAUGGAGGCGCUACAAAAAAAUUUCAUACAAAAUCAAAAAAUCGUCAUCAGAUGAGGAUUCAACAGAUGCUACAAAAUUCUGUCCCUACAAUCCUAAACAAUCCAAUCCGCACGAUGGGAAAGUGCCCACCAGUUGGUUGUACAAAAAGGGAAGUGAAACGGUAGAGUUAGUGAAUUAAUGAAUAUGUAUCCACACGUAAUUUUAAAGUUACUAUCAUUACUAUUUACUAUAUUAUACUGUACGAAU